UUAUUUUUAUUUUUAUUAUUUUUAUUUUUUUUAUUUUUUUUAAUAACAGGUAAAUAAUAAUGACUGGAAAAAGCUGGAAGACCACAGAGAUAAUUAAAGUUCUCGAGUUUAUUAAUGAAAAUUUUUCUUUAUGGUGCAAACAUCGGAUAAAUGCUUGUACUAAAGUGGCCAAAGUUCAUAAUCUUGAUAGAGAUGCUAAAUCAAUUUAUAGUAUGGUUAAUAAGUUGCUUCAAGCUAUUAAAACUCCUAAAAGACGUAAAGCUUGCAAAACUUUAAAGAGGAGAAAGAUUAGUAGUUUAGUAAAAGAAAUUAAUAAAAAAACCGAAGUUUUGGACGAAGGAUUAGACGACAAAUGUAAAGGAAAAAAAAAAAUUACGAGUGACAAUAAACAAAAAAUUACAACUAACAGUAACACUAAUAUGACUACAAACGCUAAUCAAAAAUCCGCAAGUCAAGCAGCAACAACAUCCGCAAGUCAAAUAGCAACAACAUUCGCAAAUCAAGCGGCAACAACAUCCGCAAGUCAAGUAGCAGCAACAUUCGUAAGUCAGGCAGCAACAACAUCCGCAAGUCAAGCAGCGACAACAUCCGCAAGUCAAGUACCAAAUACAUCUGCAAGUCAAGUACCAACAACAUCCACAAGUCAAAUAACGUCUGUAAUUGAGGGUGUUUAUAAAGAAAAGGUUAAACAAAUUGAUACUAGGCGUGAUGAAGAUAUCCAGAAUAUUACUCAAUAUACAACUGAUAUUGUCAAUAGUCUCCUGUUAAAGGGAAUUCUUAAGUGAUCGGUUGAUAUUUGAAUUAUGAAAAAUUAUGUUUUAUACGUGAUUUUGGCAUCUUUUCGUUACUUUUUACGAUAUUAGAAAUAUGAUUUGAUGUAUAUAUAGUAUGAAAAUAAAAUUAUUUUAUGUUUUUAUCGCCAUUUAAAGUGAAAUUAUA